GCCAUCAUCGCGCAGCGCUGCGAGGCGUCGUGUGCGGGUCCACUGUCAACAACACACGCACUGGGGGGGAAGCAGGUGAAUGCCGGCAAAACACACGCUCUGCUCCCGGAGGACCCGCGAAGCCCCCGCCGCGAUUUGACCGCCUCAAGAGGAGCACCCGUCACCGACAGAUUUAGUAGAUCUCAAGUCCCAGUCUCCAAAGUGCACCGACUGGAAAUCAAGCCAUGGCCACCCUAGUGCCCAAACUCUGCAGCGGUGGUGCGGUGAAGAUCCGCUUCUCCAGCAUGGACCUGGGCACCACCAGGUGGAAAGAAGGAACCUUCGAGAUACUGGAAAAGGACAACAAAGUCAACCUCUGCCUUAGGUUCAACUGUGGCGGCGCUUCCAAAACCUUCCAGCUGAACCAGAACGUGAAGAACAUCAACCAGAAUCUGAGUCGAAUCAUGUUGACAUUGAAGGACAACAGCGUCAUCGUGCUGGACAAGAUGCCUCCGACUUUGGUUCAGAAGACUAAAGAAUACCUGGAAAAGCUGAAGCAGGGAAAACCAAUUUUAAAGUCAUCCCACGGAAGUGCAAACUUCAGUGUGCUUGGGAACCGCUCUGUGAAAAAUGAUACCAAUCCAUCAGGAGAGAGACAGACAACGCCGAGGCGGCAGAGUGCAGAAAGCCGAGAUGAGACGACACCACGGAAGCCUCUUGGCAGUCCGAGCCGAGCAACCUCCACUCCCACUCGUUCUGGACUCUCUGAGAACAGGAGCGAAAAGAGAAAGCGACUCCUUAAUUCUGAAAGUGACCUGACCGAGGACUACCCCAAGGAAAAUGACUCUUCAAGCAACAACAAAGCCACUUCAGACCCAUCCAGGAAGUUUCUACUGAGCUGCAAAGAGAAGCUGAAGCAGGGAGAGGAGAACAGGAACUCAGCUCCACUGGGUUCAACUCCCCUUCAGUCAUCAUCAUUCUAUGGCAGUCGAUCUGUGACGAAAGACUACGGCCAGAGCCACUCGUUUCUGGACAGGUCGUCCAGUACAGCACAGACAACCACAGCCAAGAGAAGCCUUAUUCUGCCCAACCACUCCACACCCUUCAAGAAAGUGCGUCCCUCUCUGGACUAUGGCGGCUGGAACAAGCAGAGGCCCUCCACUCUGGCCCAGCCUCAGCCCCCACUGCAAGGAUUUUCCAACCUCGGCAACACCUGUUACAUGAACGCCAUCCUGCAGUCUCUCUUCAGCCUCCCCUCAUUCUCCAAUGACAUGCUGAGGCAGAGCAUCCCUUGGAAGAAGGUGCCCAUCAAUGCAUUACUCAGGCGUUUCGCUCACCUCAUGGUGAAGAAGGACGCUGGCUGUCCAGAGACAAAAAAGGACCUUUUGAGGAAAGUGAAAAGUGCCAUCUCCUCCACGGCUGAGCGGUUCUCUGGGAACAUGCAGAAUGAUGCUCAUGAGUUCCUGAGCCAGUGUUUGGACCAGUUGAAGGACGAUGUUGAGAAGAUGAACAAGAGCUGGACAAAUGACACGUCAGCCUCCUCAUCGUCCUCCGGGGUGUGUGAGAGUGGCCCGGAGGCAACGUCAUCGUCAGCCAAGACGGAGCCUGGUGAAGAGGUGGAGACCUCUCGCAUCUACACCUGUCCUGUGGCAGUGAACAUGGAAUUUGAGGUGCAGCACACCAUCACCUGCAAAGGCUGUGGUGAGGUGUUGAACAAGCGAGAGCAGUUCAACGACUUGUCCAUUGACCUGCCGCGAAGGAAGAAGACCCUCCCGCUCCGCUCAAUCCAGGAUUCUCUGGAUCUCUUCUUUAGGAUGGAGGAGAUUGAGUACUCGUGUGAAAAGUGCAAUGGGAAAACAGCAACAGUUACACAUAAAUUCAGCAAACUGCCCAGAGUGCUCAUCCUCCACCUCAAACGUUACAGCUUCAACGCUCAGCUGUCACUGAACAGUAAGCUGGGUCAGCAGGUGGUGAUUCCCAGAUGCCUGACCCUGCUGUCCCACUGCACCGAAUCCACACGACCCCCCGUUUCUCUCGGGUGGAGUCCCCAAGCCUCCAUGUCCAGAACACUCAAAAUGUCACAGUCGGUAAACUCUUCCACGGGACCACUCCGACGGAUUGGUGGGAAAGUGGCCAACUCCAGCUGCGCCUCUAUCAUCGUGGACUCUGACUGUGAAGAGGAGCCGACUCGAAGGGUGAGCGCAAGUCGCAAGCGGCGCCUCAGCAGCUGUUUGCCCGAUGACGACGACCGACCGGAAGAGCGUGCGGCGCCAUUAGACUCCGCAGAGUUCAGUGGCAUCAAUGACGACGAGAUGCUGGCGGCAGUGCUGGAGAUGAGUCGUCAAGAAGCCGGCCUCUCGGCGCCCCCUCCCAUGGAGGAUGAGCCGACCAGCAGCCCAGACACAGGGUUCGGCGACACAGAUGUCCAUGACCUGGCCUAUCACACAGACCUGCUGGAGACAGAGAGCAAACAGCCUGCAGAUGUGCUGGAUUCCUUGGAUUUGACCAUGGACGAGAACAAGGAGAACCAGACUCCAGAGGGUGUGCAGCCGCAGGGCGAGCUGGACUGGGUUCAGCAGUACAGUCUGGAUCAGGAGAGGGAGGAGCAGGAGCUGCAGCAGGCGCUGGCCCAGAGCCUUCAGGAACAUGAGGCUCAGGAGAUGAGAGAGGAUGACGAUCUGAAGAGAGCCACCGAGCUCAGCUUGCAAGAGUUUAACAACUCCCUGCCCGAGCUGCUGUGCUCAGAUGAGGAUUCUGGUAACGAGGACGUGCUGGACAUGGAGUACACUGAAGCAGAGGCUGAAACCCUGAAGAGGAACGCUGAGAGCGGAGACUUGGCUAACUCCUUUAGACUCAUCAGUGUUGUGAGUCACAUUGGGAGCAGCUCCUCCUCGGGCCACUACAUCAGCGACGUGUACGACAUGAAGAAGCAGUCUUGGUUGACUUACAACGACCUGGACGUGUCACGCACACAGGAAGCUGCCGUCCAGCGAGACAGAGACCGCAGUGGAUACAUCUUCUUCUACAUGCACAAGGAUGUGUUUGAACAGCUGUCCGAGAUGGAGCGAUCUGGAGCCAGCAGCACUUCAGAGGCAGGAAGAAACAUCCUGCAGCCCCUCUGAACACUUUGGACAAGCACCCACACACAUCCACCAGUGAACUGUGCUAGAUAGAUGGAGCCCUCCUGUGAACAACCUUUAGUACUACUGAUUGCCGUCCUUUUUUGGUCAUCUUCAGGCACUUCUACGAAUCACUAAAUGCCCGGCUCGGUUGGCACCUGUAAAUGCCAACACACGUGCUAACCUGUCAAGAACUCUUACCAGAAAUGCAGUUCAAAUGUUCAGUGGAUCAAAAGUUUGCCUCUGUAUUUUCGGGGGCUGAAUUUUUUUCAUGCUAUUUUAUCAACUAACUGUUUUGUAAAGUUUCUUUCCGUUUCUUGAUAUACUUCUUUCAACUUUAAAGCCGUUCAUCCAAACUUUGACUUUAAAUCAACUAUCAAACACCAGGUGCUACUGGUGCGUCAUGGAUUCUGUUUUGCAGGCCCUUUAUUUCCUAUAUAAACUAAAUAAAGAUAUAUUCUAUGUUGGACUAUAAGCUAUUAUAGAGUUAAAGGGUUGUUGUAUUUAGCGGGAACAUCUGGUGCAAUAUUUAUGUUGUGGCACAACUUGGCCAAUUCAAAUCAGCUUUCUGUCAGAGUGUGGAUGUUUUCUGUUUCUUUCUGUGCUUGACUUAGAAGUUUUGUGUGUGGCUGUCUCCAUAUUUUACAGACUCAAGAUGAAAUCAUUGAGCUCAGUAACAUGGCCUGUUUUUUUUACUGAGCCUUUCUCAGUAAAACCCACCUUCAUUCUUUUUGGGUUCCUAACCUUGUGCCUCCCAAGAAAACUUUUAUAAAUAUGUAUUCAAGCUUUACUUUGAAAGUUGCACAACCAUGUUGCUUUGAACAUGUAAGUCAGAUUUUUCUCUAUAAAUAAACCCACCAGAUUUUUCUAUUUAUUGCUGCCUAGGGUUGAGUUAUCUUCAGUAACCUGUUGAGUUACUCCGUGACAGUAGAAGACACUGAUAGGAGCUCACCAGGGAAGCUAGCCAUAGCAUCCUGUCUCUUAUGCCAUCAUCUUGAAGGCCAGUAUUCAGUACUUCACACCUUAAACCUCUGCUAACCUUUCUGAGCUACUUCAUAUCAGAUGUGCUUGACUAGAGAGUGGAGCAAGUGGGAGAAGUUUGUUAUUCCUGUAUUGGACACUGGUUGUACAGCAGCUUUUUGUUACCGCUGUAAAAAACACACUGUGGCUAAUGUGCAACAUUAAAACGUGGUGUCUGCAGGACUUACUCAGACCAAA